AUGCCGAAUAGUAAAUGGAUAGCAGAUUUAAAAACUGUACUUCAAGUUGGUAAAGCGCGUCUUGAUGUACGUGAAAAGAAAAAAUCCGAACAAGUAGCAAAAGAACGUUAUACAGUUGCUGAUUAUGUUCGUAACAAUAAAGUUCCACGUGCUCGUAUUGCUGUUGAACAUCUUGUACGUGAAGAUUAUAAAAUUGAAGCUAUGGAUCGAAUUGAAGCUUAUCUUGAUACACUUCUUAUGAGAAUGCAAUUAAUAAAAGAUCGUCCAAAAAAUGGAGCUGUUGAUCCAGCUAUUGAACAACCAUUAGCAAAUGUUUUAUGGGCUGCACCAUUUCUUACACAAGAUAUUCCUGAACUUGGUCAAGUAACAGCAAUGUUUAAAAAACAUUUUGGACCAGAAUAUGUAACAAUGUGUGAACAAAAUAAACUUGGAAUGGUUGAUGUUGAUCUUUUACGUUGUUUAAGUUGUGAUCUUAUUCCUAAAUUACUUAUUGAAAAAUAUUUAGUUGAAAUAUGUCGAAGUCAAAAUGUACCAUUUGAACCUGAUCCAACUAUAAUGGCACAAGAUGAAUUUUGGACAAUUGGACAACGUUAUGUUCAACAAACAAAUACUAAUGAUGAGAAACGUCCACCAUCAAAUAUAAAUGAUGAGAAACGACCACCACCACCACCAUCAUCAAGUGGAGGAGGUGCUCCAUCAUCAGGAGGUGGCGGUGGUGGUGGUGGUGGAGGUCAUUUAGAUUUUCCAUCUGUUCCAUCAGCUCAACCAAGUGCACCAGCACCUCAACCUCAAUAUCCAAAUAUUAAUUUUGGACCAUCAAUUCCACCACCUCCACCACCAUCAUCAUCGUCAAAUACACCUCGUUUUGGUUUUAAUGUUGAUUAUAGUGCUAAAACACCAUUUAAUGAUCCAUUUCCACAAGUUCCAAAUGUAAAUGAUCGAUCAGCACCACCUGCUGUUCAUGGUGGUUCAGAUGAUCCUGGUUUUGAUGAUUUAGCUCGUCGAUUUGAAGAAUUAAAAAAUAGAAAAUAA